AUGUCUGCAAAUCCUGGAAACAAGCUUUCUUCCUGGAAUCCAACACCUCCUCAAAGAGGGGCUUUCCCUUUAGAUCAUUUUGGGGAUUGCACGGAACCAAUGAAAAAAUACAUGGAAUGUUUGAAAUUGGUAAAAAAUGAUAAUGCUCCAAAUUGUCGCCAAUUGGCAAAGAAAUAUUUGGACUGUAGGAUGAACAAUGAGCUGAUGGAUAGAGUUCCGUGGGAGGAUCUGGGGUUCAAUGAUGAGCCUAAGAGGAAGGAUGCUCCAGUUAAACAAGAUGCAGGAACAAAGGAAAAUUGA